UUCUACUAAUCCAUUAAUACAAAAAAUCAAGAACCCUUCUCUUUCUCUCUCUAGAUUUUCUUUAAUGCAGAGAAAGAUCCAUUCUUGAUAGAUCGUCGACAAGAUGAAUGACCAAGAACAAGAACAAGGAAGAAAAGAUGAUAAUAUUGAUGAUCAGAAGGUUCCUUUCUAUAAGCUGUUUUCAUUUGCCGAUCGAUUUGAUUACUUUCUGAUGACCGUUGGAACUGUCGGCGCCGUCGCCAACGGUCUAUCUCAACCGCUCAUGACUCUCAUCUUCGGUCAGCUUAUUAAUUCCUUCGGCACCACUUCUUCUUCUCAGAUUGUUCAAGAAGUUUCCAAGGUGUCUCUCAAUUUUCUUUAUCUGGCCAUUGCUUCAGCAGUUGCGUCAUUCUUACAGGUGGCUGGUUGGAUGGUAACUGGAGAAAGACAAUCAGCGAGAAUAAGAGCAUUGUAUUUGAAGACAAUACUAAAACAGGAUAUCGCAUUCUUCGACACCGAGACCUCAACCGGAGAGAUUGUGGGGAGAAUGUCGGGUGAUACAAUCCUCAUUCAAGAUGCUAUGGGUGAAAAGGUGGGCAAAUUCAUUCAACUAAUGGCAACCUUUGUAGGAGGAUUUGUGAUUGCUUUUGUGAGAGGAUGGCUACUCUCAUUGGUUCUAUUAACAUGCAUUCCUGCCCUAGUCAUAGCCGGAGGAAGCAUGGCAAUGAUCAUGUCUAAGAUGGCUAGUCGUGGACAAACCGCCUACGCGGAAGCUGGAAAUGUAGUUGAACAAACUAUCGGAGCCAUUAGAACCGUGGCUGCAUUCACUGGUGAGAAGCUCGCCAUAAAAAAGUACGAAAAAGAGCUACAAAUCGCUUACGCUGCCAGUGUUCAACAAGAUCUGGCCUCCGGUUUGGGAAUUGGUCUCGUCUUAUUCAUCCUUUUCGGCUCGUAUGGUCUCUCCACAUGGUAUGGAGCUAAGCUAAUCAUCGAAAAAGGGUAUAAUGGUGGAGAUGUUAUCAAUGUCAUCAUGGCAAUCAUGACCGGAGGAAUGUCAUUAGGACAAACAUCACCAAGCGUAAGUGCAUUUGCAGCCGGUCAAGCGGCUGCAUACAAGAUGUUUGAGGCGAUCAAACGUAAGCCAUUGAUUGAUGCAUCCGAUACUAGCGGGAUAGUGAUGGAAGAUGUGAAGGGUGAUAUCGAAUUGAGAGAUGUAUACUUUAGUUACCCGGCAAGACGUGAUGUUCAAAUAUUCUCGGGGUUUUCACUCAAGGUGACGAGUGGCAUGACAAUGGCUUUAGUUGGACAAAGUGGAAGUGGGAAGUCGACGGUUAUAAGUCUUCUCGAAAGAUUCUAUGACCCGGAUGCUGGCGAGGUUUUGAUCGAUGGGAUUAACUUGAAAAAAUUUAAACUCAAAUGGAUUAGAGAGAAAAUGGGAUUAGUUAGCCAAGAACCUAUUUUGUUUACUACCACAAUAAGAGAGAAUAUAGCAUAUGGGAAGGAAAAUGCUAGCAAUGACGAGAUAAGAACCGCGAUCGAGCUUGCUAAUGCCGCAAAGUUCAUCGACAAGUUGCCAAAUGGAUUGGACACUAUGGUUGGUGAGCAUGGAACACAACUCUCAGGAGGACAGAAGCAAAGAAUCGCUAUAGCUAGAGCAAUUCUUAAAAACCCGAGAAUUCUUCUUCUCGAUGAAGCAACAAGUGCACUCGAUACUGAAUCAGAACGCGUGGUACAAGAGGCAUUAACGAGGAUCAUGUUGGAUAGAACAACGGUUGUCGUUGCUCAUCGUUUGACUACAAUUAGAAACGCGGAUCUCAUUGCAGUAGUGCAAGAUGGAAAACUUGUGGAACAAGGAACUCAUGAGGAUUUGAUCGAAAACCCAGAUGGGGCAUACUCCCAAUUAGUCCGUUUGCAAGAAAGAUCAGCUACAGAAGUUGACGAAAGAAAAGUUAUAGUAGAUGCAGAUAUGAUAAUGGAAACAGAGAUGGCCAUGAGCAUUGGAAGAUCAACAUCGAGUUUGCGAAAACUAAGGAGAUCCAUAAGCAGAGGUUCAUCAGGUAGCAGACGAUCCUUCACUUUCAGUUUGGGACUUCCUGCACCAGUAGGAAUCCAAACAGAGAUUGAAGGAGAAGAAAUAACAACAAUGAUGAACGAACAAGGAAAGCAUAAGAAGAAGAGUGUCUCUAUGAAGCGGCUAGCUAACAUGAACAAAUCAGAGUUUCCUAUUCUGUUCUUGGGAAGCAUAGCUGCUGCUGUAAAUGGUCUAACAUUCCCCAUCUUUGGUCUCUUAAUGUCUUCCGCCAUUAAAAUCUUCUUCGAACCUCCACAUCAGUUGAGAAAUGAUUCCAAGUUUUGGGCUGCAAUGUAUUUGCUAUUGGGAAUUGUUAUUCUCAUAGCUCUUCCACUUCAAAAUUACUUCUUUGGAAUUGCUGGUGGUAAGUUGAUACAAAGAAUUCGUUCUUUAACGUUUGAAAAGAUUGUUCAUCAGGAAAUCAGCUGGUUUGAUGACCCUUGUAAUUCCAGUGGUGCCGUGGGAGCAAGAUUGUCAACAGACGCAGCGAAUGUGAAGGGACUUGUUGGUGGUACAUUGGCAUUAGCUGUUCAAAACAUAGCAACGGUGGUGGCUGGAUUAAUCAUAGCGUUUACAGCUAACUGGAUAUUAGCGUUCAUCAUUCUCGGGGUCUUACCAUUAAUUGGUUUGCAAGGAUUUCUUCAAAUGAAAUUCUUUCAAGGAUUUAGUUCAGACGCCAAAGUGAUGUAUGAAGAGGCAAGUCAAGUAGCAAACGAUGCGGUUGGAAGCAUUAGAACUGUGGCAUCAUUUUGUGCUGAGAAUAAAGUAAUGGAUAUGUACGAAAGAAAAUGCGAAACGCCUGUGAAACGUGGAGUUAGAACCGGGAUAGUAAGUGGAAUUGGUUUUGGAUUCGGAUUCUUCGUUCUCUAUUGCACGAAUGCAUUUUGUUUCUACAUUGGGUCGAUUUUGGUUAAACAUGGGAAAGCUGAUUUUUCAGAUGUAUUCAAGGUUUUCUUUGCAUUGACAAUGACAGCAGUUGGGAUUUCACAAACUACAGCAUUAGCUCCAGAUACUGCAAAAGCUAAGGAAUCUACAUCAUCCAUUUUUGAAAUCCUUGAUAGGAAACCGAUUAUUGAUUCAAGAAGUGAUGAUGGAACCAUUUUAGCAGUUGUCAAAGGUGACAUUGAGCUUGAUCAUAUCAGUUUCAGAUAUCCAACAAGACAAGAUGUUCAUGUUUUUCGAGACUUAUCUCUACUUAUCCCAUCCGGAAAGACGGUUGCGCUUGUAGGGGAGAGCGGUAGUGGGAAGUCGACGGUGAUCAGCUUAAUCGAAAGGUUCUAUGAUCCCGACACAGGGCACGUAUUUCUAGACGGAGUUGAGAUAAGAAAGUUGAAGAUAAGUUGGUUAAGACAACAAAUGGGAUUGGUAAGCCAAGAGCCGAUACUUUUCAACGAGUCCAUUCGCACCAACAUAGCUUAUGGAAAGCAAGGUGAGGUGACCGAAGAUGAGAUCAUCGCGGCCGCAAAAUCCGCCAAUGCUCACAACUUCAUAGCCUCGUUGCCCGACGGCUACGAGACUAACGUCGGGGAAAGGGGAAUUCAAUUGUCCGGGGGACAAAAGCAGAGGAUAGCUAUAGCGAGAGCGAUCGUGAAAGACCCGAAGAUAUUGUUGCUUGACGAGGCUACGAGUGCACUCGAUGCCGAGUCUGAACGCGUGGUUCAAGACGCGUUGGACCGGGUCAUGGUCAAUAGGACCACUGUCGUUGUGGCACAUCGACUCACGACCAUUAGAGGAGCUGACAUCAUUGCGGUCGUGAAAAAUGGUGGGAUUGUCGAGAAGGGUAAUCAUGAAAUGCUUAUGAAGAUCAACAACGGUGCUUACGCAUCUCUAGUAGCACUUCACUUAAGCACCGCCCAAUAAAUGCUUCAAAGAUGGAUUUGGUUAUUUUAAUACUUUGGAACACUUUUGUUAGUCCAUAUUCACAAUAUUUUCCUUUCUUUUUUCCUUUCUAUUGCAACUAAGUUGAUUCUCCA